AUGAGUCCGGCCUCGGAAGAACACACGCAAGCUCCUAGCGCACCGGCCCCGGUGGAACGGAGUGCAGGCACUGCGUCGCAGGUCUGCAGCAGCUGCAAGAGGCUGAAAAGAAAAUGUGAGCAGAAGAUAGGAGGGAGACCUUUGCUCAAGACUUACCUUAUUGUCCUGCCAGGUGAUCGGAAACAACCAAGUUGCUCAAGAUGUCGUGCGAGUGGACUGGAUUGCCAAUAUGGACAGCCCAGGCGUCGACCAGGCCCCGCGAAGGGCUCCAUUCAGUCUCGAACAACCCUCCUGCUUGACAAAGUCCGGCACCUAGAAGACACCCUACAAAGCCUAGUUGGAGGAGCCAAUACACCAGCCCUGCCAUAUUCUCCACCAAGACAGAACUAUACAACACUAUUCGAAGGAGACGCAUGGGGCUCUUUAUGUACAGAGCUUCCAUCUCAUAGCCCGCCCGAUACCAAUGGAGAUGCACACGAUUAUACUCAACAAACAGACAACCUUCUUUCAGCCGUCACACCACCAGUGUAUCAAGAGUCGCCUCCGAGUUUGCAUGUUUCGAACGAAAGUCGGAUUGGCCAUAUCAUAGAACAUGCUGUCGUCCGCACAUCGAACGAUGAGGAAAAGGAUACUCUAUUGCACCUCUACUUUGAGCACAUCCAACCCGCCUUCCCAAUGUUUCGAAAGACCUUAUUAUAUGACGAGCUCUCAGCCAAUAUAAUCCCACCCGCCCUGUUAUAUUCCAUGUUUGCAGUAUCUUCCCGGUUUGCCGGCAUCGGCUGCCAUGCCGACUCAAGUGCCGCAAAUAGACCAGAAGAAUACUUCAACGCGGCCUAUAAAAGAUUCCGCCAGGAGGUGGAUCGAAAUCGACCAGUGGAACUGAACGACGUGAAAACCGCGUGUCUCCUGGCAUUAUACGACUACACAUCAGCACCUACUCGCCGGGCAUGGCUACUCGUGCGAGAGGCGAUGAGUCUAGCAUUAGCUGCGCGGUUACACGAGGUAGACAGUCUCGAUUCAUUAGGAGAAUUCACCGAUCCUGAAAAGGAGGAGCGACGGUUCGUGUGGUGGACAGUCUGGAAAUUAGACUGCACGGUUAAUGUCGCGACGGUCACGCCCUUUGGAAUCGAUUGUCGCAUGAUAGGAACAGCUUUGGUAUCAACUACUGUUCAGAACUUCACAGCCGACGCUUUAGGGCCGAUAGUACCAGUGAUUCCGGAAAUGGAUCCGGUCAAGUCCUGGUCUUCGAUUGUGGCGCCGAAUCUACAGGAUACCGGGGAUGGAUUCAAUACCCAUAUCUAUGCGGUUUCUCUACUGAGAGCGGUUUCGGAAUGUCAACAGCGUCUCAAUGCAAAGUUAUGCCCGGAGGAAAUCGCUCGGGCAGAUAGUCUGAACCACAUUCUCUCGUCCCUUCAUCUCGUUUUCCCGGAAUGUUUCUUCAGUCCGACUAAGCGUCUUAUGGAAGAGGAACAUGCUCACAGAUUACGGCUCGAGACUAAUAUUAUGUUGAAUACUGCCCGGCUUAUCUUACACGAACCUACCCGACAGCUUGUAACAGGCAUGGGCGUUUCUUCGGACUCAACACUAACGACCCUGAAAAGCUGGAAAGACAGCAUUGGAUUCGCACGGAAGAUUGCCUCUCUCUUUGAUCAUUGGCAGUUCAGCUAUUCUGCGUAUGCGGACCCAGUAAUUAGCUGUGCGCUAUGGCAUGCUUACUGCGGACUGAAACUGUACGGUAUGUCCGGGCUAGAUGAGUCGGUUUCAAGCUUCAGUUCUCCAGCAACAAUCAGUCUUGAGAAGUUGAGAUUGUCUUUGGAAAGCUUUACGCCUUGGUGGCCGAUUGCACGAGUGCUCAGAGGUAAGCGACGUUUUAUCUCGAUGGACUUCGGGUGA